AUGUUUUUUGGUAACGAAUAAGAUUUCAAAAUUAAAAUAUGUUCAACUGUUAAAUCACCUGCAAUAUUAAUUUUCAACUAAGUUUUAUUGAAGACUCCACAAUUUAAUCUGAAUUAAAAUAUAGAAAAUAAUAAGAUUAUAGAUGAAUUUCAUAAAUUUUCAGAAGAGACUCCAAUUACAUAUCUCUUUUGUUUAUAGUUAUAGAAGGAAAGACAUGAUAUUUUGAAAAAAAAAAUUUUUAGAUUUAUUUAUUAAAUUAAAAAGUUUAAGUAAAGAAUUAUAUUUUGA